UUUAAUAUAAUUAUAAAUGAAAAAUGAGAUCUUUUAAAAAUACUUAAAACGUCAAUUGCAUAAAAAUUCAUAAAAUUGGCGUAUAAUUAAGAUAAUUAAAUAAUUUCAGUGUUUAAAUAGUUAUAUUACAUGAUAUGCAGAUGAUCAGAAUGUGUGUUUUAAGUUAAUAAAAUUUGUGUGCGAAAAUUCAUAUGCGGUGUGUUAUUAGACAUGAAUUUAUAUUUAUAUAAUGGAUCGCGAGCGUAAACAUAGUAAACGUCACGGGGAGAAAAAAAAAGUGAAGAAAAGUCAUAAGAAAAAGCGGUCUCGUGAAAAUAGUUGUGGAGAAAAUUAUGUGUCGGUCGCGUCAUCAGUGGUGAAGCCUCUAGUGGAAUAUUCUGAUGUGAGCUCAGAAGAUUUAUCAGCGCCUGAAGCGGGUGAGAUAGAAAGUGAAGGAAGUUUUUCUGUUAGUGACGGUGAAAUUAGUGGGAAAUCUUCUUUAAUUAGGUCUGAUAGGGUUCAUAGAGUUAAUAGUCGUACUCCACAUAGUAGUAAAUUAAUUGAAAGUAGCAGUUAUAAAGUUUUACCUUCAAAUAGGCAUUUGUUAGUUGUACCACCACCCCAUCACUCCCCUACUAGAUCGCGAGUAGUAGGUGUACAUCGUCUUGAUGUGGAAACGCCUGUAAUAACGCGUACACCGUCGCCAAGUCCGUCGUCGACAUCGGCGUCGGUUUUAUUGAAACGUCAUGAAAGGAAAAACUCUGUUUCAUCUGAUGAAUCGCGUCUUCUUAAACAUUAUGAUCCGAAGUUGAUCCGGAAUGUUAUUUCACCUUCUACACCCGUUUUAGAUGACAUUGAGGAGGUCGAGCGGCGUCGAAGGAAGAAAGAAAAAAAACACAAGAAAGAUAAAAAAGCAUCCAAGAAAAAGAAGAAGAAAUCAAAACAUAGAUCAAGAAGUACUAGUAUUGAUAGUAUUGUCAAUAUUUCACCAGACGGUCAAACAAGAAGUUCUGUAGGUGUUGAAGCGGAUCCAUCAAAUGUUAGUGAUUGGGAACCAGAAACAGCAUCACCGUUACCGUUUAGACCGGCUUCACCAGCAAUACCAGAUAAUAAAAGUGUGUUAGGAUCACCAGUAUCACCGGAUAGUUUUGAAGCGAGACCUUUAUCGUCUACAGGUGGACGUAUUAGUGAAUCACCACGAACUAGAACACCGCCAAUUCCAUCACAUCAAAAGAGUUAUAACGAAUCUCCACAUACACCAAUACUUCCACCGAAGGCUGACGAAUCGAAUUCAGCUAUUGAUGUAGAUGCGUACGAAUCGUAUAGUUCAAGAAAAUCACCAAGUCCUAGAUUGCGUGGAAAUAGUAUAAUUUCACCAGUGCUGGAGGACGAUCAUUCACCAAGACAUUCGGGUUGGAAUCGCAAUAGUAUUUCGCCAGUAAAAUCACCGUAUAGAAAUCCAAGCCCGGAUGUUAUUCUCGUGAAAUCAAGUAGGAGCAAUGCCAUUUCGCCACAACGUAAAAAACGAAAAGUUGAAAAAGAAAGUUACCAUAAACGAUACAGGCGUGAACGAGAUCAUAUACAUGAUCGUAUUCCAAGGCAUAUAUCCAGAUCAAGAAGUAGAAGUCCUGCACGAGUUCGACGACGAAUAUCUCGAUCACCAUCAUGGACACGAUCAUCACAUUAUAGUCAUUCAAGUAGUAGUCGAUCACAUAGAAAAUAUAGAUCUCGAAGUCCACGGCCGUUAAGACCAUCUAGUCCCAGAACACCGCCAAGGUCAAGAGAUAUUCGCAGUCCAGAAAGAGUUCCAAAAAGUCCCACAUCACGAACAUUAAAAUUAAAAGAAAAAAUAAGCGAUACAAGCUUGUUUGCUGAAUUAGUUAAAGACAGGCAUAAACGUGCUCUAGCAUUAGAAAAACUUUUGGAUAAGAAAGAUGAAACGCCAAAAGUUGAAUCCAAUACUCCAUCCAAUACUGGUGAAGGUGAAAUGGAUAUAUCUGAACCUGAAACAAGUAACUCACAAAAAGAAAAUGGAAUUGAUUUGUUUGCAAGUAAUGACGAUAGCAAUGUUGCUGUUGUUGACAUUCCAGUUCCAAAUAAAAUGGUGGAUAGUAGGAGUAAUGAAAAUUCAUCGGAUAAUAUGAUGAAUAUAUCAAAUGAAAAUUCAAUGGGUGCCAUCGAUACUGUGGAUAAUUCAGCAAUAGUAAAUCCUUUACCUGCACCACCCUUACCACCAAUGUCAAUUGUUUGUUCUACCAGUGACACCUUAAUAUCAUCACAUCCCACUACACCUAACGUAAUCAACACAAUCCCACCUUCAUUUACUGGUGUUUCAACUACGGUGGUGGCUUCAGCGACAAAUCAACAAGGUGCGAUGCCUAUAAUACCUAAACCAGCACAAUUCACUACCGCAAAUCCAGCAAAUCUUAUAUCAAUUCAGCCAUCAUCAUCCAUAAUUACAAAUAAAUUAACAACCGCUACUGAUUCACAAAAAGUAUCCAGCACACUUCCUACGCCGACUACAAUCACUAAUAAACCAAAGAGUCUUACUAAAUUACCUUUACCACCAGGAAUUAAACCUACUGACUUGGAAAUUAUUGAAUCACCACCAAGCCGAACACCAUCUCCUCCAAAACCAAAGACCCCUCCACCUCCGCCCAAGAAGUCAGGAAUCAUGAAUUUACCUAUGCCUCCAGUUGUACCUGGAAGUGAAGAAUUAAGUGGUGAAGAAGAUGCCACAACAACACCGCCACGACCGUUUGGUGUAAAAGGAAAAUCAACUGAUAAAGUACGUUCAGUGCCAAAACCUAAAUUAAAGAGGCCAAAAAUAUUAAAACGUCGUGGUUCAAGAAAUUUAUCAACAGCUCCAAUGUCUGCAACGGGCGGAAAAGAUUGGGGUGAACGUUGUGUCGAUGUAUUUGAAGUAAUUGCACAAAUUGGUGAAGGAACUUAUGGCCAAGUAUAUAAAGCACGUGAUAAACGCGCCGGACAAUUGGUUGCACUAAAAAAAGUGAGAUUAGAAAAUGAAAAAGAAGGAUUUCCAAUCACUGCCGUUCGUGAAAUAAAAAUUUUACGUCAAUUAAAUCAUAAAAAUAUAGUUAAUUUACGUGAAAUUGUCACUGAUAAACAAGAUGCCUUAGAUUUUCGAAAAGAUAAAGGUUCCUUUUAUCUUGUGUUUGAAUAUAUGGACCAUGAUUUAAUGGGACUUUUAGAAUCAGGAAUGGUUGACUUUAAUGAAAUGAACAAUGCUAGUAUUAUGAGACAAUUAUUGGAUGGACUUAAUUAUUGUCACAAGAAAUACUUUCUUCACAGAGAUAUUAAAUGUAGUAAUAUUCUUAUGAAUAACAAGGGUGAAGUGAAGUUAGCUGAUUUUGGAUUAGCACGACUUUAUAAUGCUGAGGAUAGACAGAGGCCUUAUACUAAUAAAGUAAUCACCUUAUGGUAUAGGCCUCCGGAACUUUUACUUGGCGAAGAACGCUAUGGUCCAGCAAUUGAUGUAUGGAGUUGUGGUUGUAUUUUAGGCGAAUUAUUUUGGAAAAAACCAUUAUUUCAGGCUAAUAUAGAAAUGAUGCAAUUAGAAAUGAUUUCGAGGCUAUGCGGUACACCAACACCAGCAGUAUGGCCGUCUGUUAUUAAAUUGCCAUUGUGGCACACUUUAAAACCUAAAAAAAUGCACCGGCGACGAUUACGAGAAGAAUUUGUUUUCAUGCCAACAUCGGCAUUAGAUUUGUUAGAUAAAAUGUUAGAGUUAGAUCCUGAAAAACGAAUCACAGCUGAAGAUGCUUUAAAAUCGUCUUGGCUAAAAAAUGUACAACCUGAUCAAAUGGCAGCACCUCAAUUACCUCAUUGGCAAGAUUGUCAUGAGUUAUGGAGUAAAAAACGUCGAAAACAAUUACGAGAACAACAAGAAUCAUUACAGAAUUUACCACCAGGUAAACCCGGUGGUAUUGCACGUGAUAUAAAAACAUUAAAUAAAGGAAUAGAUGAACCAUCAGGAUUAGUUGGGUGAGUCAGUCUUCUUGAAACGAAGUUGCGCUACUCCUGGAAAUUACUAACUUAAAAAUGGUGAAAUAUAUUUUAUUUCUCUUUACUAUGUAAACAAUUAUUACAAUUGUUCUACUUUCUUAAAAAUGAGCAUUAUAAAAUUGCUUGUUUACUUUAAAUAAUG